AUGCGCAAAUCACGCUGGCGGGAUUUGGGAGAAUCCGCGCAGCAGCUGCUGUGGUCUUCCCCCGAUCAGGGGAUUAGGGGAAGCCUGAUCGGUGGCGGAAAGGGCGGAGGCGGAGCGGGGAGCGCGGGGAGCAGCAGCGGGGGAGAGAGCCUGGCGGAACGGCGGAGGCUGAUGCGGUUGGGGUAUGAUGGGGGAGAAGGGGUGGUAGCGGGGGAGGAUGGCGGAAAACUGGACCAAUUAGGAGCCGCCAGCGCGAGAACCUUGCCCGCGUCUCUGAUUGGCUCCUGGAACCAGGGCUUACAGGGGAAUGCUGACGUGGACCGUGCUCUAAACGAGCGGCUGGCUCGCGAUGUGACUAUAGUGAUCAGCUCAAAGCACUCUUUCGGAACAGCAGCCGCGCAGCUGGACGCGAUUCUCGCGACCACUCCCCCCUGCCCAGUGAUCUACAUGAUCCCCGGCGCAAUGGACGCGCGCACGCGCGCGCACGUCAGGCGCAGGCAAGCGGAGAGCGCACGGGGGAUGUGGGGUGGCUGGGGCGGCGGAGGGGGAGGCGCAAGCGCGGGGGGGGCAGCGGGCGGCGGAUUAGGGUUUGCAGAUCCUGAACUGCAUCUGUUUAGAUUCGCUGAGAAGCAUCCUGAGGGGGUGAUUUUCCUGCCGUUCAUUUGGGAGUGGGGGGGGGAUGCGGGGGGCGGGGGGGCGAAGCUCAGGGCAGGCGGGCUCAGCAGAGGGGCGGGCGUAGGGGGAGGGGUGGGGGGAAGGGGGAGAGGGGCGGUGACGUAUGGUGGUGCGACGAACCUGGGUGGUAGGCCCGGUGCCAGUGCUGCUGCAGGUGCGGCCACUAGUGCUGGCGCUGCUGGUGUGACUGCUGGUGUUGCUAGUAGCAGUAGUGGUGGUGCGGGGGGUGGGAGCAUGGGCAGCGGAUCAGUGGCGAAGCAAGAGGGCCUUAAAGCCCAUGCAGCAUUCGCCUCAGAUAUGCUAUUUGACGACUACAGUAACGACGGGAAGCUCUACCCACAACCAAUAGAAGACGUCCACGUGGCAGGCACCAGAGAUCCGAGCCUGCUGGACCCUCGAGAAUCCCCGGUAGGCGUGGAGGAUCACUGCAUGUUGGUUCGGCAGUCGUUUCUUUCCGAAGCUGUUCUGUUCGACCCUAGGGUCGGGUAUACCCGGCAGGAUCUGGAUUUGGCGCUUACAACAAGGUAUUUUAACUACAAGUCUUACUUAGUGCCGCAGUCUAUAGUGGUAUACCACCACCCGUCUUCCAGCGUGGGAGCGCGGGAUUUGAUCUACUUUGCGCGGCAGAGCGGCGCUGACGUGUGUUCAGCCAAUCAGGUGUUUCUGCGGCACAAGUGGGGGGUUAUAACGGGGCAGCAGUGUAGAGGGUUCGUGGACGCCACUUUAAGGGGCCACGUGUGGACAACUGAGGGCCAGGAGGGGGAUGGCGAAGGGUGGGAGGUGAACGGUGCAGGUGUUGCAGGCAAUGCUGCUGCUGGUGGUGGGGAGGAGGGUAGUGCAGCGAAAGGGGGAGUCGAGGCAGGUGGAAAGGGUACUAGCCUUGACAGCAGCAGCAGCAGCAGCAGCAGCAGCAGCAGUAGUGCCACACCCCCCGCCCGUUUUCUCAUUCCCAAGGGCCAAUCAGAGCAGGCUCAGCUCGUCCUCGCCUUCUUCUCAUUGGUCGGUUUCAACCGUUUCCAGAUGCGCAACCUGCCAGCCUGGCAACCCCUGCCGCCCGCGCCGCCAGCUGUCUGCCACGUCAGAGACAGGACGUUGUGCCAGAUCUCGAUCCCCUGGAUGGCUGUUGCCGCCCGGUUUAUUCCAUUUGUGGACCGACUUGCAACGCUGCCAGAUGCUUUGGCAGAAAAUGCCAAAGCUGCCGCCGCCGCUGCUGCCGCUGGUGCUGGUGGUGCUGCUGCUGCUGGUGCCGGUGGGAAGAGAGUAGUUCUCUCUGGCAGUAGGAAUGGUAGUACUGGUGGUGCUGCCGAGGCUGAGGUUCGGGGAGAGCCAGAGCUGUGGUUCGGCCGAGCCGAGGAGUACCCGAGCCUGCGGGUGAAUCGGGUGGAGGAUCUGUGGCGGGCGGCGUCGCUACGGGACGGACAACUGUUCAUGAUUCGGCACGGAGUGGUCAAACACGGCGAGAAGCAUCCAGGAAGGCGAGCCCCGGAAUUGCCCUUUUUAAUGAGGCUAUACCAUCCGUUUCUGCUGGUGGAAUUGGAAAUGCGGGUGUUUUCUGGGGCAGGUGGGGAGAGUGGUGGGGGGAAAGGGGAGGAGGAUAGCAGGUGGUGGAUGGGGGGGAGUGAGGGAGAGGUGGAGGAGGGGACAGGGCUGAGAGGGGGCCGGGACAGGAGCAAGCGGACAGGAGGGGCGGGGAAAACGGUUCUGGAGUCGAGUCUGUUUGAUGGGCUGUCAGUUGUUGUGGAGGAAAAAUGCUUCUUCCCACCAUUGCCCUCUUCUUCUUCCUCUUCUGCUUCCGCUUCGGCUUCUAACCUCUCUUCCUCCUCCACUUCCUCCUCCUCCUCCUCCUCCUCCUCCUCCUCCUCCUCCUCCUCCUCCUCCUCCUCCUCCUCCUCCUCCUCCUCCUCCUCCUCCUCCUCCUCCUCCUCCUCCUCCUCCUCCUCCUCCUCCUCCUCCUCGUCUUCUUCUACCAAAAAAGACACCACCGAUGUAACCCAACCCCAAGGCACGCUACUAACGCCCUUCCCUCCCUCCUCCUCCCCCACCUCCACCACCGAACCUCCCUCCCGGCCCUGCGUCCGUUCGGCGCGGUACUUCCGAGCCUGGAUGUACGUUCGGCACACCGAUCCAGACCACACAGCUCUGCACAUGUUUGAUCGCUUCCGCCGCUCGCUCCGCCGCUCGCUCCCCUCCUCCCCCUCCGCGUGGAUCAACACCACGCGCAUGCACUGGCUUUCUCCAAGGUUACGGAACGUGGUAACGCGGUUACGCGUGGUGCGCUGUGUGCCGAGCAUAUCGGACGGGUGCGAGAUGGGGUGGCGGGUCGGGGCCGUGCCGGACGCGUGGCGGCUGCUGCUGUGGGCGUGGCGGCCGCAGAGUGUGAGGACGGCUCAAUGGGUGAGUGAGUGGGUGGGUGAGUGGGUGAGUGAGUGGGUGAGUGAUUGGGUGAGCGAGUGGGUGAGUGAGUGGGUGAGUGAUUGGGUGAGCGAGUGGGUGAGUGAGUGGGUGGGUCUGGUGCUUGCCUGCUUCCUGCUAGACCCUGGGUUUGAAUAG